AUGCUCAAGUCGUUGCAAGUAUUCUUGUUUCCAUUUCUGGCCCUUGUCACUGGUCUUGUGUUAGAUGCUACAAAUCGUCGCAUCCGAUUUCUCCGUAUACCGGAUACUAUUCUCAUUUUUCUAUUCGCACUUGGCACAAGUUUUAUUCUUCACUUAUUUUUCCCCCAGAAUUUGAUGACACAUAUUGACGAGACAUAUACGUGGAAAACGGUUGAACCACGCAUCAUUGUUGGAGUUCUUCUGCCGCUACUUAUUUUUGAAUCUGCGGUGAAAAGUAAUUCACAUUUGUUCUUUCGAAAGCAAUGGCUACUAUUCGCGUUGACCGCUACUGUUUAUUUAUUAACGCUAAUAUUAUACACUGCUCUAAUGCUACCAUUUUUACGGAUUAUGGAUAAUUGGAAUAUAUUUACGGUUAUGUUGAUGGGUGCAAUCUUGGCUGCAACAGAUCCUGUGGCAGUUGUUGCAAUUCUGGAAGAUAUUGGUGCUCCGCAACGUAUCAAAAUAUUGGUUGAGGGUGAAUCGUUACUCAACGAUGGCCUGUCUAUUUUCGUCUAUCAAAUUCUCCGCAAUUUUGUUUUGAAAGAAGUAAAUUUGCCAUCCUAUCCAUAUACUUUUGUACAUUACGCAGCGAUGUGUGUAAGCUGUAUCGUAAUAUCACCAUUGCUGGGAUAUACCACUGCUCAUAUUACUGUUAUGAUCAUACGGCAUGGUAUUAGUGAAGAGAAAAGGAUUCAGAUGUUUUUGGUGAUAUCGGUAUACUUUGUAUGGCAGUUAGGUGAAGUAACCAAAGGAUCAGCCGCCAUAGCCACUGUAUUUUACGGUGUUACACUGAACUAUCUUAGAGAAAGAUUGAAUCCGAGAAGUGUAGAAUUAACUUUGCAAAUUUGGACAGCAUUCGGUUAUUGGGCUAACUGCAUCGUAUUCAUGUUCAGCGGUUAUGCCAUCGGUCUGCUGCUCUUCAAUAAUCCGGUUGAGAUCGAUGUAAUUUAUCAUUUAAUCUCUGGCGUGUUGUUAUUUCCCAUAUCAUUGGUGACUCGUAUGUUGGCGUUAGUUGUAUUUCGCGAAUUAUGGAAUGCAUUUGGCAGUUCUCACGUUGUCUAUGAUAUCGAUUACGUCCUUUUGGCGUAUGGUGGUCUGAAGGGAGCGUUAGCACUUCUGCUGGUACAUGAAUUUGCUGAAAGUGUUCAGUAUGAUCCAUAUGCUCGUCGAAUUGGCGAGAAAGUGAUACUUUAUGCUAGUUCCGCCGUUUUCGUUUGUUUGGUGAUUCAGGGUAUGACAUUUUCGUACGUUACAAAUCGUGAAGGUACAAAUCGUCGAUCACGUUACAUUAAAGAUUCAGAGAAAAAUGUGGAACGACAUUUAAUUCGUACGUUACGUGCAAAUAUAGCAGCAAUGCGUCGCCAAGCUGACUCUUAUCUUACAGAGGCUAAUUGGACUGUUGUUAAUGAGCAAAUAGAAGCUAACGUUUUCAAAGGCUUUGCAAGUAAUGUUGGACAGUAUUCACGGGUGCAGACAAGCAUUUAUGAUGAAUCAGUAAAAAGUAUUGAUAGUCAGUCAGUAGACGAGUCAUUUCUUAUGAAGAAAGAUGACAGUGACGUUUGCACUGGUUACUAUAGUAUCCUUCUUGCUCGAGUAUAUAGCCUUUGGACUCUGGGCGCGAUUUCCGGACGUGCAGCGCAUAUAGUAAUCGACCUCCUGGAACAUGGUGUUGAUGAAGGAAAGUUAACUUUAGAUGACUUCUGCGAGCAUUUGAAUUCAGCUGAUAACAAGUGGUAUCAUCACAUCGAAUUGAAGAUCCUAACAGUUUUGCGGUGUUGGAUUGAUACGGACACAAAGCUUAAUCGUCUAAAUUGGAUGGGUAUUCCAUUCUUGCCUUAUCCAAUUCCCACAAAUAUUUCUGUUUUGAAACCGGUUCGAUCUUUGGAGUGGUGGUGCAUAUUUUCCGCAUUUUUGGCUGUCAUUCAGUCGAUCCUGAUUGCAUUUGUCAUUUUCUGGCAACCAGCAGUUGGAACCGAUGUCAGCUAUUCAGCCCUGAUGUUCACAUUUCUGAUUGCUUUCAUUUUUUUUGUUGAAGAAGUAGUACAUUUUCAUCGAUUACGGAAACCAGCAUAUCGACUGGAAUUAGAGCGUCUGGAUAUGCGCUGCUUUCAUAACAUGAAUCGAAUUACUAUCGAAUUCAUUCUAUUUCUUGUUUAUAUAUCACUAAUUGUCGGUAUCUGCAUCGUUCUAUCAAUUAUAUUGGCCAAAUAUCCGAAUGGUUCAUGCAUACAAAAUAGCGGACAGUGGAGAGCAUUACAUGUGUGCAAUACGAUGCGUUAUAUACUUCUUUUAUUUGUGGUGCUUUUGACACUUUUGAAAAUUCUACGCAUCACACCGCUGUUCAUUUUCACUCUGCAUGAAUCACUCUGUACUGCUGGUCUCUUACGUAUACGUAUUCAACUCUCAGCACUUUAUUUUCUGCAGUUUUUGCUCAGUCAACCACCAGCAAAAUUUACAUUUUUUCCGGGUGAUUCCUAUCAUGUAGCAUUAGGAGAACAGAAACAUUUGAAUAAAAUUGUGGAUGCGCUAAUCCGAAAAGCAAUGAAAAAAAACAAAGAAGUACUUGAUCUAAUUACUGUUAUCAAGACUAAACAAGCCAUUUUAAUGGCUGCACAAACAUUGGAGCACACUAUUGUUGAUUUACAGAAGCAGGGGUUUUUGCACCAUGAGUCAAUGCAACAGUGGGAGCGCUCUCUGAACCGUUUACGUGGUCGCGGUGAACGUUUAAUUAAUUCUCCGAAUCCGAGUUACCAAGAUGCUCUGGAGUCCGUACAUUGGAUUCAGGCCAUUGAUAGUCAAAAAAGACAAGAUUUAGUGGAUAAAUUGGUCAAAUAUCUUGAAAUACAAUCAGGAAUUGAACAGCCUGGCGGCCAAGUAACCGAAAUGACAUUAUCGAGACGAGGAAAAGAGCAUAAGCAUGAUUACUAUGUACAUCAGGGCCGCUUUGUUGGGGAGAGAAAUUUGCUGGAUAAAAAUGACUUCCGACGUGAAUCAGUAAAAAAGCCAAAAGUUGAAUAUCGAACAUCGACUGAUUGUGUAUUGAUUAAAAUUGAUGAAGAUACAAUGGAUAUUGUUCGCUCAUUUGACAGCUCAGUCAUUAGAGCAAUAUCGCGGAAGGAGCAAACACGACGACUUAUAUAUGAACUGAAGGAACAACAUGAAUCUUUCGCUUUAAUAACAAUGAAUGAAUUUGAAAAGUUGUACACGAGACGUGGAUAUUCGGUGGGUGGUCGAAUAGACAUUGAAGUUGGGAUUGGGAAGAAGCUUAUCAUUGGAUUUCGGGCGAUGAUUGUUGCCUUGAAACCUUCAACGAGCUUAGAUGAUCAUUAUCAUAUUCUGGGACCAGCUGUUGUAACGCUAAAACCUGUUGGUGAAGAUGAAGGAAUGUUAGUCCUCAUCGAUAAUGAACGAAGUGGUGAUCAGCCAACCUUAGAUGUUGAAAGUAAUAUAUCGUUAGAAACUGAAACGGAAGAGCCGGACAAAUUAUCAAAGAAGAAGACAACGCUUCCAAUUCUUUUGGAGAAGGCUAAAUCAUCACUUGGAGAACUAGAAAAGGUAAAACUUGAAUUAAUUGGACUAGUUUUUUCGGCUAGAGCAGAAGCGAAAAAAUUGCAACCAAUCUCGGAACAAACUCAAGUGACAAGGAAAACAGAAACCAAACCCAUUACACAAAUAUCACAAUUAGACAGAACAAGAAGGAAGACAUUAGAAACACAAUCGGAAGAAGAUGAUGAGAAUCAACAGAAAAGUUCAGGAACUGCCGCAAAACUGGAAGCCCAACAUAGUCAGGCAGAAAAAUUCACUCGCACAAGCGUUAUAAGUUCUAAUAGUGAAGCGCCAGUAAAGUAA